AUGUCCCUUGACGACGUCAACAUCGUGGUGAAAAAGGAAGAUCUCUCUGAAUUGAGUUGCUCAGAAUCGUCUAAAUGCCAGUCUCUCCCACAUUCCCAUGCCCAACGCUCUGACGAGGAGGACGUCGUGGAAAGCCUGUCCUCGUACAAGUCUGACGACCCCUCGGACCCAAACUCUAGCAUAGAACAGGCGUGCGACUCGUGCAGAAAACGCAAGUUGAAAUGCUCCAAGGAGUACCCCAAAUGUUUGAAAUGCAUCCAACAUAACUGGUGCUGUACCUACUCUCCUAGAACAGUCCGCUCGCCAUUGACAAGAGCACACUUGACCGAAGUCGAGAAUAAAUUACACCGCGUCACCAGUAUGUUGCGCUACGUGUUACCCAGCUCUGUCGAUGUUGACCAUCUUGUAGACAGCGGCAACUUUGAGGAGACCUUGGUGGAGUUCCGCAACCAGCUUCGGAAUCAACCAUCAAAAUCAACAUCAAUGGUCGAGUCCAGCACACAUCUGCCGUCAAUCAAUUCGGUCUUUUCAAACGAGGGUUCUGCCAACGAGUCAAUUGUUGAUAAGAAGCAGGAUAUCCAAUUUUACAACUACGAGAAGGACUUCGAUAAGCAGAAGAUCAAACAAGAAAUCAUUGACGAUUUUGUCUUGAACAAUAUCCCAACCGAUUCCAAAAGAUUCCAGUUUAUCUCUCCUCCGGCAGUUUCGAGAAACGUUCAUCCCAUUCUGAUUAAACCCACACGUGCAAUGUCCAACUGCAAUACCAACGAUAGAUAUCACAAUGUUGAGUCUGACGUAACUACCAAUGCAGUGUCACUAACGAGUCCGUCAUCGCUACUCUCGCUCAACUCGUUUGACAACUACGACUACGAUGUGGAUCUGCUAGACGCUUUUGCCGACGGCAAUACCUUAAAAAGGCAAAAAACACAAGGCGCUUCGGAGUACUCAACCAUCUUCGACGAGGUAAUGUGUGACAAUUUUGCCUAA